CAAAAAUAUUAAUUAUUUUUUUAGAAGAAAAUAAAAAUUAUAUUUUGAAACUCUCUAAUCUCUAUAAUCCUAGUCUCCCGUAUUCUCUCUCCAUCUGCUCCAUUCCUUCUGUGGCACUUCCUCAUUUCCUCAUCUCACUCGUACAAUACGAGAUUUUUUCUAGGGCAGGGCCUUCUAUUCCAGGUGUUUCCUGUUGGGAAGGGAAAGUAAGGGGUUUGGUUUACUCAUGGAUGUGAUCUUGGGUGUGCUGUUGUAAUGUGGAUGUAGUUGUAAUUUGGGCAGGGAGGAGACUGCUGCAGUGCGGUGUUGGUGUUGGUGGUGGUGGUGGUGGUGUUUUUGCAUAUCAGUGGUGGUAGGUAUUGAUAAGGGUAAAUUUGACCAUGAGUUCAGACAGCAGAAGCCGAAGCAGGAGCAGGAGCAGGAGCCCUAUGGAUCGUAAAAUCCGUUCUGAUCGCUUUUCAUAUCGUAAUUCCCCUUACAGAAGAGAUUCACGUCGGGGUUUCAGCCGAGACAAUCUGUGCAAGAACUGCAAGCGACCAGGCCAUUUUGCCAGGGAAUGCCCAAAUGUUGCUGUUUGUCACAACUGUGAUCUUCCUGGGCACAUUGCCACAGAAUGCACCACAAAGUCACUGUGUUGGAACUGCCGAGAACCCGGCCACAUGGCUAACAACUGCCCCAAUGAGGGUAUUUGCCACACCUGUGGGAAGGCAGGACAUCGUGCUAGAGAGUGUACAGCUCCAGCUCUGCCCCCUGGUGACUUAAGGCUGUGUAACAAUUGCUAUAAGCAGGGUCACAUUGCAGUUGACUGUACAAACGAUAAGGCAUGUAACAAUUGUAGGAAGACCGGUCACCUGGCACGUGAUUGUCCAAAUGAUCCCAUCUGCAAUUUGUGCAAUGUAUCUGGGCACGUCGCCAGACAGUGCCCCAAAGCCAACAUUCUCGGAGAGCGUGGAGGAGGAGGAGGUGGUGGUGGUGGUGGUGGUGGAGGUGGUGGUGGUCGUAGCAGUGGCUACAGAGAUAUUGUGUGCAGGAACUGCCAACAACUGGGUCAUAUGAGCAGGGACUGCAUGGGGCCCUUGACGAUUUGCCACAAUUGCGGGGGACGGGGUCACCUCGCAUACGAGUGCCCAUCGGGCAGGUUUAUGGAUCAUCGGUACUCAAGGAGGUACUGAUGAAAUGUCUCAUUGUGUGGUGCAGGAGAAUUUGUUGAAUAUUCAUUUUCUAGAUCAAUCAAGUUGACAAAACAUAAGGAACCAUACUUUGGACCUGUUUUUGGCGUGAAUUGGCCCGUAUGUUUAUUUGGAAUAGGAUAUUAGAAUUUGUUAUUUGCUGUGUUUAUGCUUGGAUUGAAAUCUUAGUUACCCCAAAUAAAGAACUGUGUUAGUUAGUUA